AUGAGUUUUGUUGAAUAUGGAGAUACAAUAAAGGAUGGUGACACAGCUAUUGUGUUCUUGGGCCAUGAAUCCAUGUUUCCUGUGAAAGUCCAGCAUGGCACUGUAACUCAGACUAAGUAUGGGGUCAUCAGACAUUCCAUGGACCUCAUAGGCAAGAAGUAUGGCUCCAAAGUGACCUGCAGUAAAGGAGGAUGGGUGUUUAUUCUUCAUCCGACUCCAGAACUGUGGACCAUGAAUCUUCCACACAGGACACAGAUUCUGUAUUCCACUGACAUUUCUAUAAUCACCAUGAUGUUAGAACUGAAGCCAGGCUCCAUAGUAUGCGAAUCAGGUACAGGCAGUGGAUCUCUCUCCCAUGCUCUCAUCAGGACAGUGGCUCCCACAGGGCACCUGUACACCGUGGAGUUCCACCAACAGAGAGCAGAGAAGGCCAGGGAGGAGUUUCGGGAGCAUGAGGUGGAGCAUCUGGUCACUGUGACCAACCAGGAUGUCUGCAAAAAUGGGUUUGGUGUCUCAAACAUUGCAGAUGCUGUGUUCCUAGAUAUUCCAUCUCCAUGGGAAGCCAUAGGCCAUGCAAAGUCAGCGUUAAAAGCUGAAGGUGGCCGCAUCUGCUCUUUCUCCCCUUGCAUUGAGCAAGUUCAAAGAACCUGCCUAGCGAUGGAAGAAUGUGGUUUUACAGAGAUUAACACCUUGGAAAUUCUGCUCCGAUUGUACAAUGUAAGGACAAUUAGCUUGCAAAUCCCUGACCUUGGAAAAGCAACUGAGGAUAAUUCUAGCACAGGCUUUGACAGCAGCAACCCAUCAAGCCAAGGCAGCCUGUGCGCUAAUCUGCAGCAAGGAACUGCACAGUUCAAAAGCGGGGUGCCACUGAGGGAGAUGGUGGGUCACACUGGGUACCUGACCUUUGCCACCAAGAGCCUCUUUUAG